AUGGGUUGGCUCUGGGCAUCUUCGUCUCCCCCUAAAUCUCCCGCCCCGGGACAAGCUUCCCAAGCUCCCACCACAACCCCGCCAUCCUCAACUGCCCCAAAGUCGACUGAUUCCGAUAUCGACCCUGAGAUCCAGAAGUUCAUCUCCCUCUUCCAGUCAGAAUCUGGCAACAAACCCGAAGAGCCUACCCCUGAACCGGCGCAACCAUCUUCCUCAGCACCUUCGAAGGCUUCCUCCUCGUGGUUUUCUCUUAAAUCUUCUCCCAACGCCCCAUCCCAGACCAACAACCGCAAGAUCACGCCACCUGCAGACCCCAACUCAGUCUCCGAAUCCCUUCUGCCGACAGAGAUGUCUUGUCGUCAGGCCUUCGACAUGGCCUUCCACUGCCAGUCCGUAGGCGGCCAGUGGAAUAGCAUCUAUCGAUACGGAACAAUGCGCUCGUGCAGCGAGCACUGGGAGGACUUUUGGUUCUGUAUGAGAAUCAAGGGUUAUACAGGCAAGAUGAAGGAGGAGGCAAUCAAAAGCCAUUACCGGCAGAAGGAGCACGACAAGUAUGGUGAUGGGAAGCCGAACAGCGAGGAUGUUUGGCAGGCGAGGACGACCAAGGUCCCGCCAGGAACAGUUUUCAUGGACAAGUUUGAGGAGCCUACACUCGAUGACGAGGAAUGGCAAAGGGCUGAGAUGGAGCGACGACGUCAAAUCAGGACUGGCUUGGGCAUUGAGACAGCAUCGACAUGA